CCUUCAAUGUGAAGAAUAACAAAGUGUCAGCAUGUUAUUGGCUCGUGUGUUCCGCGAACUUUUUCAAUCGUAUGCGAAGUGACAAAGAAAAGCGGAUUUAUUCUCGGGUAUCCACGAAGGAAAAUGGAAGUCCGUAGUCGUAGCUGCUGCCUCCUCACCCUCAUCUGAGAGUUGCAGAUUUUCUGGCCGUGUGUGUCCGAAAAUGGAAGUAGAUGAUGAAACCAACCCAACUCAGAUUAAGAGCUCACUCAACAAGUCACUCAACAUUGUUGACUUAAACAAGAAAAGGAAAUUAGAGGCUGAGCAAUUAGUUUUGCCUGUGUCUAAGCAUCAUUGUUGGAAGCAAAGCUUAUCAUUGAAGCCUCCUACAUUUGGCAGUAUACUGGAAGUAGAGGGGUUUAGUCCAUGCACUCUCAAAGAAAAGGGAGGGGCUGUUUAUGAUGUUUCUGAAACUGGAUCGGCAAAAGAUAGUAAUAGCUUUGCUGAAGAUUCUGACUCUGCAAUAUCUGUGCAUGCUGAAGUUAAAUUUGGAACAGAUGAUGCAAAGUAUUUACCGUAUGAUAGGGCUUCCUCUUCAUCGUCUGAUUGGGGAUCCAGCUCCCAAGAUUCCCAUUAUUCUUCCUAUGGUACAAAUGUAGCAUUGAAGGGUGUCGAAAAAGAAGUACUAUCUUCUCCUGGAGGGAGGCCUGAACUUGCUGAUGUUGAACUAGCUGAGAAUCUUGAUGAGUCCCUUGUAGAGUUUGGAAGCCAUAUAGAUUACAUCUACUCAGGAUACGGAAACUAUGCCAUAGAGCAAUACCAAGAUAAGGAAAUUGAAGAAAUUCUCAACUGUGAUGGAGCAAAUCCAAAUGUUUAUGUUCUUUCAUCUGGACGAUGGAGUGUCAACCAAGAGGCUCCACAAACGACAAGAAAACCAACCAUUGAUCAAGAAUUUGAGCAGUAUUUUUCCAUGCUUAUGCUGUAGAGGAGAGUACUUCUAUAUGAAUGUCUAAGCUGUGUAUAUAUAUUGUUGUAUAUGGCUUGACAUCGAAGUCAAAAUAUCAUAAUUGGCUUGUUAUUUGUGGUUGUCUUGAGGUAACUCUAGCUUGGUCUUUUCCCUUUCUACGUUCAAAGCCAACUUAAGUUUUGUUGUAUAUAUUAUUUGAUAGUUAUAAAAUGUGGUUUUAUGCUGCUAUUAUCAUUAUUCUUUUUGCACAGACCCAUUUGAUCGCUCAUUUGUAU